GAGCAAAAGCCACGUUCAACAGACGCGGCUGGAAACGAGGAAAGCAGCAUACACUCGCGCAGAGGCAAAGAUUAAACCCAAACCCAGCCCCUCUCCAGUUGACUCUCUUCUCUCGAGUAGCUCCUUCCGUCUUUGUUGCAAGCCAGGGGGAAGCUGUCCGCGCGGCUAUGUCGUCCCCUAAGAAGGGCUUCUACCGGCAGGAGAUCACCAAGACCCUCUGGGAAGUGAGGGAGCGCUACCGGGAUCUGCAGCCUGUGGGAUCCGGAGCCUACGGGGCUGUUUGCUCAGCUAUUGACAGGAAAAAUGGAACCAAAGUAGCCAUUAAGAAGUUGUACCGUCCAUUUCAGUCUGAACUCUUUGCAAAACGAGCCUACCGGGAACUGCGACUGCUGAAACACAUGAAGCAUGAAAAUGUAAUUGGACUACUAGAUGUCUUCACACCAGAUUUGUCACUGGAUAAAUUUAAUGAUUUCUACCUUGUCAUGCCAUUUAUGGGAACAGACUUGAGUAAAAUAAUGAAGCAUGAGAAACUAACUGAAGAUAGGAUCCAAUUUCUGGUCUAUCAAAUGUUGAAGGGACUAAAGUAUAUCCAUUCAUCAGGCAUAAUUCACAGGGAUCUAAAACCUGGAAACCUAGCAGUAAAUGAAGACUGUGAAUUGAAGAUUCUGGAUUUUGGAUUAGCAAGACAUACAGAUAGUGAAAUGACUGGCUAUGUAGUUACCAGGUGGUACAGAGCGCCAGAAGUUAUACUUAACUGGAUGCAUUAUACACAAACAGUUGACAUCUGGUCAGUGGGCUGUAUAAUGGCUGAGAUGAUAACAGGAAGGCCGCUCUUCAAAGGCAAUGAUCAUCUGGACCAACUCACAGAAAUUAUGAAAGUAACUGGCACACCAACUCAAGAUUUUGUGCAGAAACUACAAAGUCAAGAUGCAAAAAAUUAUAUCAAAAGUCUUCCAAAGGUGCAGAAGAAAGACUUUGCUGCCAUUUUGAAAUCUGCCAAUCCUUUAGGUUUUGUAAAUGUGAUAUCCCAGCCAAGAGCUACUGAGAGACAUAGUGAAAUGCUGUGUGUGUUUCAUGUUUUGUUUGUUUGCUUGUUUUGUGCCUCAUGUGCAUUCCCGAAAAGCAAAGAACUACAGCUCUCUGCCUCAUGCAGCAAUCUUUUGGGAAGUACCUUUAUUCCACAGCCCUCCCCUAGGGGUGUGUCCGAACCGGUCUGGAGGCCAUUCUAAUGGCCUCCAAACUGCCGGACCGGUUCGGACUGGGCCGGUUCGGGUCCGGGUGGGGGGGUCUCACUUUAAGGGCGGGAGGGCUUGCUUACCCCUCCCGCCUCUUUGCCCCCGUCAGAGGCCGUAAUCUAUGGUAAAAUUGGGGCGCUGGAAACCAGCCGCCGCCGCUUCCGCCGC